AUGCUGGAAUUCAUGGACUACAUCCAGCUGGCCUUCUCUGAGGCGACCAACUGGAACCGCGACAAUUCGUACUUGUCGUUGACUACCACGACGCAGUCAAUUCUCGAUUUUUCGACUCCAGAGCGACUGCGUGUACAUUUGUCGUCGCUUUCAACCCCCAAUUUUGGGACCAGCUACUCUCUUGGCACCGUUGGAUUGCUCGAUGGAUCUGUGUCGUACCUCUUCAGCACCGUGCCUUUCCAUAACACUCCUAGCCGAAGUGCAUUGAUCCCUCUUCGAAAGAUCUCUCCUGGCUACCGACAUGUGCAAGUACCUGUGGCUCCGGUACAAGCCUGGGGGUGGGGUUCUCUUCUAGAUGCAGUCAAUAUUCCCGGGAUCACGGACCCAAAACGCGAGGGUGAUCAUACCAAAGGCGAAGCAGUACAGCGGAAGGCGACUCUUCUCCAUGCCUCUCUACAUCUCCCAUCUCCGACCACUUUGAAUGCGCUUUUCUUGCGAAGGAUCUCUCCAACUAUGCAACUAUGUCUAGCCGUCUGCUCCACUCAAGGACCGCCAUUAUCUAAGUCCGCACCGCAAGCGUCAAUGCUAGCCCAAUUGUCUCAUGACACCGGAAAGUACUGCAAUGAGUAUCUUUUCAGCACAGAUAAUGCCCUAUUUGGCUGGCGCGGACUCUGGAACUUCGGUCCCGAUCCUAGAAAACCUCGUGCUAAUGCCUCGCCUGCAUUAUCGCUUCUUUCUAUGGGUGCGGAAGCGUAUUACUCUCCCACCUCAUCCUUGAUUGGCAUGUCUACUGGCUUGCGAUUCACCACACUCCCUGCCGCAACCCGGGUGCCUUCAUCCUCUUCUUCAUCCAGCCUUCCCACGCCCAUAUCUACAUUCCCCUACACGUUAACACUCACCUUGACCCCAAUCACUGGCUCUCUAUCAGCAACAUACUCUCUGAGUGCUUCGCCAAACCUUGCAUUUAGCUCCCGUUUCGGGUUCAAUGUCUACAGUUGGGAAAGUGAGAUGGUUGCGGGCUGCGAGCUCUGGCGCCGAAGCAACAAAUCCACUUUCUCUGCGGACGAUGACAUCGAAUGGGCCCGCCGCAAGAUGCGCCUGCAUGAUUUCUCCGCUUCCCUCCCGGGUUCUCCGCCAACCUCUCCACUCAUCUCCGACCCGGUUCAACCCGAACCCAUUAAAUCGGACGAUGGCAGUGAUGUCGAGGCCGGUGACUCAGUCAUUAAGCUCCGUGUUGACCAAUCUUGGAACAUGCGUUUGCUCUGGGAAGGCCGAGUUAAAGAGCUCUUGGUCAGCGCGGGUGUCGGGCUAGGCCCGGGAUCAUUCUCAGUGGCCCCGAAUGCUUCUUCGUCGGGUGGGUCAGUGCCCGGAGGUGGGCCAUCAUUUUGGCGCGGGGUUGGAGUUUCGGUGAUGUACUCUUCGUGA